CAAUCCAUUCUCUUACUGCUGUCCAGUGCUGCUGCACGCAGCAGAGAGGACAAGUUGCGUUACUGCUUAGUGCCCCUUCUUCCAUUGUCAGUUCUUCCAUCUGUUUCUUCUCCUAUUAUCAUUAUUAAACAAUAACUUUUAAAGAUGUUUAGUCUCAAGCCAAAAUUGACUCCAAAAGUAUUUCGGGCACGCUGGCAAUCUUUGGUUCAUAAUUCUUUGAAGAAUCUGCAGAAAGAUUCUGAGAAAGUCUACGAAAAUUGUGACGAACCACAGCAGACUAAUACACAGUUCUGUGAUAUCAAAUCAGUCGAUCUUCCUCUUCAAGAAAACUGUAACCCUAAAGAAAAAUGGAAGAAUUACAAUGGAAACUUUUCGUCUUAUCACACAAAUCCAUCGAAAGCACUUGGCAUUAUUGGUUGCGGUACUAUCGUAAUCCUUGGUCUACAUUUCAAUCAACAGUACCUCAAGUACCACGAUACCUUCAGCAAACAAUCUUUGCUGAAGUAUCUAACCUUUGUCUUCCCCUUUAACCAAGCAGCAAUCUUUGAUUCCACCCAGAAGAGAUCAGUGGUAAAUUCCACAGAGGAAGAUGAUGUUGAUUUGAAACACAAGCAAGACUUAGAAAAUGCUACCCAAGAAAUAAAGGACUUGACUGAAAAUAUGUUGAUUGGUGUGGACAAGUACUUGAAUGGAGUGAAAGCUGCCAGUAUGGGAGAUUAUUCUAAAGCUAUCAAUUACUGGAAGCAGUCUGCAGAACUUGGAUACUCAAAGUCAAGUUUCAACUUGGGUUUGUGUUAUGAUCAAGGAACUGGUGUUGAGAGAAAUAUCAAAAAGGCUGUGAAAUAUUAUACAGAUGCUGCUGAUCAGGACCAUUGUGGGGCAUUAUUUAACCUGGCUGUACUACACCUGCAUGGAAAAGUUGCUAACAAAAGUCAGGGAAAGUCUGAAGCUAUUAAGUUAUUACUCAAAGCUGCCAACCUUGGAUAUCCAUUGGCAAAGACAUAUCUUGGAGUUCAUUAUAUUGAAGAAACUAGUGAUUUCUCUCAAGCUGUGCAAUUGUUUACAGAAGCUGCCAAACAGAAGGAACCUGAUGCCAAAUAUUACCUUGGACUAUGUUAUCUAAAAGGCCUCGGUAUAGAACAAUGCCCAAACAAAGCAUCCAAUCUGUUCGCUGAGGCUGCUAAAUUGGGCCAUAGGAAGGCUAAAGCAAUGAUCAGUGAUGAGUCUUUGUCAGAAGACAGUGAAUCAGAAACAGAAUAUUCAGAUGAUGAUGAUAGCAUAGAAAUCCUGACAAGUAGCUCAAUCAAUUCUACUUCUUCUGAAACUGAAAACCCUUUCUUCUCAGAAUUAUGGAAUCGGUCUCUAUCCAUAGCAAACCAGUCGAUGUCAUUGUCUGAAACAUCAUCAUCAUCAUCAUCAUCAUUCCAGAAGAACACUGCAAAAACUGAAGAGUCUCCACUGAUGAAUAGCAACAAUGAGUCUCUUGAAGAGAAAUUUGAUUCCUAUCUACGUCAUGCUCCUCAUUGUUGUAACAGCGUCUCCAUUUACAAACCCAACGCUGCCUCUUUUUCAGAUUUUGUUUUGUGUUCUUAACCAGACUCAGUUAAAUUUUGCUUUUUGUCUUUUUUAUGUGCUUUUAUACUAAUAUAUAUGUGAAUAUAUGGAUAUAUAUGUGUGUGUGUGUAUAUAUAUAUAUAUAUAUAUAUAUAUAUACAUACAUACACGUGAAUAAAUGAAAGAAAGUGGCACUCGUCAGAUAUUAACAGAAGAGUAACAGAUUCUAGAUGUUAAGCCCCUAUUUGUCAGCUCAGGUCACAUGGUAUUGCUUCUAGAGUAUCAGCAUAACAUGAUCAGAACUGGCCAACAGAGGUCUAACAUCUAGAAUCUGUUACUCUUAUUCUAAUAUCUGAUGAGAUGGAUUUCAUUCUACACACCCAUUAGAUUUUAAAUCAUAUGGAGCUAAGUCAAACUGAUAUAUAUAUAUAUAUAUAUAUAUAUAUAUUACACCAUAGUAUUGAAAUGGGAGAAUAAGAACUCAACACUGCAAUUGGUGGAUAAAUAUUCUUUGUAGAUUAACAAUGCUACCAAUAUUUUCAUGUGGAAAGAAUUUCCACAAUUUUCAAGUGAUCUGUUUAAAAAGUAGGUGUUUCCAACCUAUCCUCUGAUGUAGCAACUUCCAUAAAGGCAUCCCUAUGUUACAGUGUCUCAUUAGAAAGAUUCAAUUUUAAGAACAAUAUCACUUAGAUCUGACCAGACGUAGGUUAACCAAAAAAAUAUAGACAUAAGAAAAUACUGUGGUUUAACCGUCCAUACAGUAUGAAUACUAAUAUAGGUAGAUGAUUUCUGAAGAUUAUAGAUACCAGCUUCCAAAUGUCACAAGAUCUUUAAUAGAAAUACAGUUGAAGUUAAAUAGGCUAACAAAGUAUAUAGAGAGAGAGGGGAAGGGAGCAAAUCAAUAACAAAGGACAAGAAAACAACAAAAGUGCAUUCAUAAUUAAUUUCAUUAGCUUGAUGAAGGAAGGAAAAAACUUACAGACUAAAAAGUAUGAUGUCUGAGAUGUAGUUGUUUGUCAGAUCCAAAGAGAAAAAUGUGGAAAGAAUGGGAGAAAAGAAAUAAGAGAGUCAGGAAAGAAAACACACAUAGGUAAUUCACCUGUUUGAUAUGUAUAUGUACAUAUUCACACACAGUCUUCUGCAGUUAUGAAUACAUAUGUGCUUGUGUGUGUGUGUGUGUGUGUGUAUACAUAUAUGUAUAUACAUAUAUCCAUGUAUUUAGAUAUAACAUUGUAAUUAAUAUAUAACAUAUACAUUGUGUGUGUGUGUGAGAGAGAGAGAAGAGGUGAUCAGUGGGGUUGAAAAAGCCUACACCUGGAAAUAGGGCCCAGGCUUAUUUCACCAAGGUCAAGUCAUCUGAAUGAAAGUAUGUGUUUUAAGACAUGGAGCUCCCUGUAACUUCAGCAAUGAUGUGUCCAAGAUUUGCAUCUGUAAAUGUAUGUUGACCUUAUAUGUUAUGCAUGUGGGCAUGGGUGUUUACAUAAAUACUAUAUUACUAUAUAAAAGGCAUUAAAAUCUAAGCUGUAUUCCUCAUAAAGCACAUCCUUAGAUUCUGGCUAUCAUUUCUAUGUAUUUAGGUGUUUUAUUUUUAAGGAGAAAACCAUACAUAUAAGUUGAAAUUUCUAGUCAAGUAGAUUAGUCGUAAAGUACAUUAAUAUUAAAACAAAGACUUGAAUUUUUGACUUUUUUAAUUCUGUAGUUACAGUUGUUUCAUUACAACAUGGGAAUUCAUAAAGUAUAUUUCCCAUGUAAUGAAAUAAUUGUAAUUACAGAAUUAAAAAUAAAUACCAUAAUUUCCAGUCUUUGUUUUAAUAUAGCCAUACACACACAUACAGUUAUGUGUGUGUGUGUAUAUAUAUAUGUGUGUGUGUAUCUGGUAAGGUUGUCUGUUCUCACACAAGCUCUGGAAGGUAAAUCUUAAUCUUUGCUUACAACUGACUAUUAGCUUAAAACACUUAUCAAGGGUCUGUUCCUUACCAGCACAAAAAAUUUCCAAAGCCUCACAGAACUAGAGCCAGCAAAUCCCACCACCAUCUCUGCAGGGCCAGGCUGGGCCACAGCCAGAAUGGAAUGCUCAAAUUCAUAGCUAACACCUUGCAAAUCAAAUGAGUGAAUAUGAGGUAGUUUUUAAUCCAACACUACUAAAAACAUACCCAUGGGCAGGGAUUCUGCAUGAGGUCAGGUGUAGACCAUUGUACUAUUUGGUCUUAUAUUAGCUCUAAUCCAGUGAAGCUCAGAAUCUCUAUCCAUAAGCAUACUUUUUGCAAUCAUCAUCAUCAUUUAACAUCCACUUCCCAUGUUGUCCUGGAUUGGACAGUUUGAUUGAGGCCAGAGGACUGCAUCAAGGUCUGCUGCUUGUCUUAGCAUGGUUUUUAUGGCUGGAUGCCCUUCCUAAUGCUAACCACUUUACAGAGUGUUCUGAAUGCUUUUUGCAUAGUGCCAGCUCUAGCAAGGUCACCAAAUAAUUUAAAAGGCAAGACUCCCUUACCUGAGUAGGGAUUAGUAUUGAAGAGACUGGCUUUGUGUCCAGUGAUGAGGGUUAGAAUAUGGAAGGACAGACAUAGGUGCCCAGCAAUAAAGGAGAUACAUGGCUACCCCAGUUGGAUCGAGAGAAAAUGGUAAAAGAAAAUGUGAGUGGUGAAAACAUGGGUUGGGGGGAGGGAGGUUGUUGGGAAGAUGAGUUGUGCAGGUGUAUAGUUAUAAAUGAUGUUCUGUCAAAGCCUCAGUCCCUUCCUUCCCCUGCCAAACACCUUCACUCGCUUAACUCCCAAAAAACACUAACCAUGAAACCAAAUGGACUGCAGACCAACCCCCACAGGAAACAGUAAAGUGUAGAAGCUCUGCCUCCAGAAGGCUUUAGAAAUUUUUUCCAAUGACGGAGCAGAUCCCUAACAAGGGCAAUGAGUUACUAAUGAAUUAAAAACAAAUUCAGAUUUAUUUUCCUGAACCCACCAACAGAGAAUGGAAAACCUUACUGGGUUUAUUUUAUUUUAUUCUUCUUUUACCUGGGUUUUAUACAUACUUGGAUGAGUGAAUGAAGUGUUACCAUAGGAAUUAGGGUUUACUAUCCAAAACACAUUAAACUCCCGAAUUCCUGUAUUGCAUGCAUAAGUGUGUAUAUUUGGAUUUAGACAAUAACAUUAGAGAAUAACCUCAUACAAUUGAAGUAAUCACAGAAAAGGAACUCGUGAUAUUUCAAGCCUUUCAUUAUAUCAUCUUUUAAUGAUCUUAUUAAAAUUUUAUUUGAAA